AUGUCUAGAUCAUUAAUGGAAGCCAUCGACGAAGAGGAUUUGUCCGAGUUUACGCUGUCUAUUCGAUCUAUGGAUGACCAAACGUUUUCUCAGUUUGUUCAAAACAGUGUUGCAAUUGCUUCGACUCCGAAAAAUGAAAAUAACGGUAGGCAAAUAUCUGAAGAAAGUAUAAGAUCCUCUGUCAGUCAUGAUCCUUUUGAUGACGGUUUAGACAAUGUGCUCAUGAAUAUCAGAGUAGCUGAAGGUCACCCAAGUGAGAAUGCAAUCGGAGAUAAGGAUUCAGUUAUAGACAGUAUUGUAAAUUGUGCCCAGGAAGUGCCUGUAGAUACAGAUGACGACGAUGAAGAUGCUAAAAGUACAAGUGAGACGGAAGAAAGAGAUGAAGAAAACAAAAUUGAAGGUGAAAUGUCUCAAACUCUGUCUGCUGAGAUAGUAAUUGGUAAACCACACGGCUUUGGCGACUAUGCAACAUAUUUCGGAAAUAAAGCUGCUAAGCAGCAGAAGGCAGAUCAUGAAUAUAUACUUUGGGAAAAGAAAAGGAGACAAGGGAAAGAAUCGGUUCCGCAAAUCCUUAAAGGCUGUAUCAUUCAUGUGAAUGGUCAUACAGUACCUUCCAUUAAUGAAAUUCACAGACUCGUAAUUCUAUACGGAGGAAAAUUUAUCAGCUACUUGAACAAUAAGGGUGCUGCUACCCACAUUAUAUGUGACAGACUUACACCGAGGAAAAGGAUUCAAUUCAAGAAUUACAGGGUUGUCAAGGCUCAGUGGUUGGUUGACUCUAUUGAGAAAGGUGAGAUGCUAAAAUGGGAAGAUUAUCGAUUGAUUGAUAACGUAGAAUAUGGCCAGCAAAGAUUAACAUUGCAAAGAGAGAAUCAAGUAGAGACAAGAGAUGAAGGGAGUGCUUCAUCUGAUAGGAAUGCUUUUCUUAAAGAUAGCACGUUAGCUCAGAGUGACCAAAAAUUGAAUCUUGCAUCCGAGAAAGAAGUAGUGAAGGGUGAUGAAAUCGAGGGUGAUUUUAAUGUCUUUCCUUCACAUCAAGAGGAAGGAAUUGCUGACGGUAAUGAAAUUGACGGCGUUUUGGAUAUUCUUCCUUCGAUCCAGUCACAACAAGAGGAAGAGGAGGAAGCCAAUUUAACUCAAUCUGGUGAGCUCCAUCUCGAACUGAUGAAUCAAGAUGAGCCAGUUAUGAAAAGAGGUAUUGCUAUGGAUGCAAAGCAUCCUGAUUUCUUGAAGAACUUUUUUGCAUAUUCAAGAUUGCACCAUUUGAGUUCCUGGAAGGCUGAUCUUAGGGCUCAUUUUUUGAAGAAGAUUUUGGAAGCACCAUCACAAGAAAAGCCAAGAAGGAAGCAUUCCGAAAAAGUUAUAAUGCAUGCUGAUUUUGAUUGCUUUUUCGCUACAGCUUCAGCAUUAGGAAGAAAGGAUAUAGAUUUCGAGACUGUUCCAUUAGCGGUUUCACACGGAGGUAAAACAUCAGAUGUGGCAAGCUGUAACUAUGUUGCAAGAAGAUAUGGUGUCAAAAACGGUAUGUGGAUCUCGGAGGCUAAAAAGUUAUGCCCAACGCUAGUAACUUUAAAGUAUGACUUUGACUUGUAUGAAAAGUUUUCUGGAAUGUUGUACGACUAUUUAAUUGAAUUGAAUAUAUUCGAUUCAAUAUUUCCCGUACUGAUUGACGAAGUUUUGCUUGAUUUGACCAGUUACGUUGAGGACCAGCAGAAAGAAGGCAAAAAUAAAGCUGAAAUUGUGGGAGAUCUUGCUACCAACAUGAGAAAGAAAAUACAUGAGCUCACUGAGUGCUCGAUUAGUAUUGGAACUUCAAAAAAUGUACUUCUUGCCAAAUUGUGCCUUCGUAGAGCAAAACCUGAUGGACAAUUUUAUCUUGAAGAUGGUAUCGACGAGUUCUUGAAGGAUAUACCCGUCAGAGAUUUACCGGGAAUUGGACGAAGUCUUGUAGAAAAGUUAAAGGAUGAAAUUAUACGAACAACCGAUUCUUCCUUCACAUCAACUCCCACCAUAUCUCAUUUGAGGCAAAUAGAUGAAACUAGAAUGAAAGUUUUAUUUGGUGAAAAGACUGGUCCAAAGCUUUGGCAAUACCUGAGAGGAAUUGAUAAUACAAACAUUGACAUUAGAGAGAACAAGGACUCUCUCAAAAGGAAGUCUGUAUCAGUCGAUGUGAACUAUGGAAUCAGGUUUGACCAUAUUUCUCAAGUGGAUAAUUUCCUAAUGGAAUUAUCAAAGGAGCUUUAUAGGAGAUUAAUGCAUUUGACAAUGUGUGGAUCGUCAGUUACUCUUCGGUUGGCUAGAAGAGCAGUGACGGCUCCAAUAGACCCACCCAAGUAUCUUGGAAUGGGAUACUGUAAUUUUCUAAACAAAUCAUCGAAGCUUGGUGUGCCCACGAAUGACUGGGGAUUAAUUGGAAGUGAAUUGAAGUCUUUAUAUAGAAUGUUGAAUGUCCCGGUGUACGAUCUUAGAGGUGUUUCCGUAACGUUGACUAAUUUAGUCGACAUUGAGGAGUUGAAGAAGAACAGGCAAAGGCAAUUACCAUUCAAACCACCUGUUACAAUGAUUAUACCACUGGCAGAGACAAAGGUGGCAGAAGUAGGCACCAGUACGGAGAAACUCGUAAUUGAGCCAAUCAUAGAUCCUUUGGAAGUCGAUUUAGAUGUACUCGAAGCAUUACCUUCGUCAAUAAGAGCAGAAAUCCAAGAAGAAAUUAAUCGUAGGGGUAUGAAGAUUCUAAAAUCAGAUUCGAAGCUUUCCGAUUCACCAGCUCCAUUUUCGAGAGAUAUUUCACCUCAGAAACUUCAUAGCCCCACCAAAUCAUAUAUGCAACAACUUCUUCCUCUGUCUUUGGGUAAACCAGAGUAUACACGAGUUUUUGAAUCUCCAAAAAAAUUAUCACCAUCAAAAAGAAUUCGAAAUCAGAUUUCUUCACUGCCAACUAAAAAGCCUAAGCCUAAUAAAAAUAGGAGAUCAUCGGAGGACUCUAGUUUAUAUGAUGAGUCUGUAAUUAAUGAAUUACCAUCCAGCGUGAGGAAAGAAGUUUUAAAGGAUUUAGAGAUCAAAUUAAAAUCCAAAAAGAAGAAGAAACUGCUAGAGAAAUUUAUUUUGACUCUGAAUUGGAUUAUAGAUCAAAAGAAGUGUUUAAUACUACCGUCCCCUACUUUUCAAAACAAGUUUAUGAGUCUAAAAGAGUUGCAACAAUUAUUGAGUGAUUGGAUAGAAUCUUCCUUAGUUCAAGGUGGGCCGCAUGUGGAUGAUGUUAAUUUGAUCUUAGACUACUUCGAGGAAUUAUUACAACAAGAUAAUCUCUUGCGAUGUAUGAAUUUACUCAGACAUGUUAAGGUUGUCGUUGAAUGCAAAAGUAUCAUUUUUAGCAACGUAGAAAGAACAGAAGGUGAAGAUUCCCAGCUCAUCAAGGAAGGACUUGAUGAAUGGGCGAAAAUAAUUGAAUCUUCUCUACGACCAAUGAUACAACGGUAUUGUAUUCAAAACGUCAUUGAGGUUGAAUAUGACUUUAUUUAA